AUGUCCACGAGCUCGAAUCCAGCUCGAAUCAAGCACACAGUCUCCAUUUUGAUGUCAACUACCUAUUCCAACGCCGAUAUCUCGGUCCACUACUUCUCAGCGGUGCUAGAUGCCUUCGACGAGGAAGUUGAAGGGCACCCUGACUAUCAAGAAGUGGUCAGGGAGGCUGACACGGGUGCAGGGACGCUGGCGCCGUGGAUCAAACAGAGUGACAAAAAUAUGCACGGUUGGCUGGACUGGAUCAUCUCCAGCAACUUGCCGCUUCAGUUUUGCGAACGAGCUACAACGAGACGCUACACGAACCUAAACCGUAUCAGCGUCGAAUCGCUCUAG